UUAAAAAUUCCAUAAUAAAACAGAUGGAUCCAAGAGAGAGUAAAAAGAGAGGGUUCAGCGUAUCUUUGUGUUUCUGAACUGAACACACCAAGAAUCAACUACUGAUCAAAACUUGAUGGGGGUCGUUGUUACUGCGUUCUUAUAUAGAUACAAUUUUUUUUACAUAAGCGGAUGAUCAGCGAGAGAGAUUAAAACAGAUCGUCAACUCAAGGCAGAGAGAAAGGGGAGUCGUGUAUGCAUACAUUAUACAAUGAAUCUAUCUAUACUAUAGAGGAAGAAAGCGCAGUUGAAGAAACGGAAUCGGAAUGUUGAUGAUUUGAAGAGGAGGGAAUGGAGAAUGGAGGGGAAGAAAACAAAGAGGAAGAGAAAAAGGGAGGAAAGUAUGAGGAGGAGAGAGAUGGUGACAGUCGUCCAGACGUGCCACUUGGCAGCUUCCAAGUGGACGAGACAUGGGCUCUCUUCCCACAACAAUACAUGCAAUGAAGGAAACCAGUUCAGAGAUUAGUACAAUGCUCAGCCGAAACUGGUUGUUGAAGCGUAAGCGAAGAAAGCUUCCAACUGGCACUGAUAAAUCCGGUGACAGAGAAAAAAACUACAAACUCGUAAAGUUUCUACCAAGUACUGGAACAAAGCAUGGUUUGGAAGAUGAUGUUAGUUCUGAUCGAUCUUCAGGCAAGAGAAAAGGAAAUGAUGGGUAUUAUUACGAGUGUGAGGUCUGUGAACUUGGUGGAAAGUUGCUGUGUUGUGAUUAUUGUCCCCGCACCUAUCAUCUUGAGUGUUUGGAUCCUGCUUUGCAGCGUAUUCCAAAGGGGAAGUGGGAAUGUCCAGUCUGCCGUCAACAAAGGUGUGCGGUCUGUGAACUUGGUGGAAAGUUGCUGGGUUUGGAUGCCUGCCCCCACGCAUACCAUCUUGAGUGUUUAGAUCCUGCUUUGCAGAAGCGUAUUCCGGAGGGAAAGUGGGAAUGCCCAAUCUGCUGCCAGCAAGGUGUUGCUCAUGUGGAGAGUGUGAACCAUAUGGAUUCUAUUUCAAAACGAGCGCGAACAAAGAUUAUCAUUCGAAGAUCAAAAACUGAAAAUGAAUCAUCUGCAACUGACAAUGCAAAUCAGGCAUUUGAAAGUUCCACUGCUGAGAGGAAAAGGUCUUCAGGAAAAGGAAAAUUGUCCUUAUCUCGACGUGGCAAAAGGGUCGAAGAGUUGGAUUCUUCUCCUGACGAUGAACAGGGUAACAAACGACGUCAUCCAGUUCAAGAUGGUUCCAUGGAUGGUAGUUCAGCGUAUGUUGUUGUUAACAGGAAAAGUGAUGUGUCUCUUCCGCAUAUAUUGGUACAUAAGACAACUCCGACGAAGGGAUUCAUGUCUUCAACUAAGAAAAGGGAUUCAAAUAUGGAUGAGGAGUCUUCUGAAAAAGUACCUGAAGCAUCAUCUGAAGAUUUUUCACCUGGAAGUAAGCCUGUCCUAGCAUUGGAAGCUGCUAGUGGAACAGCCAGAAAAAGAAAGCAUAAGGUUCACCCCAAUGAUAGUGCUAAGAAGCAGAAAUUGGGAAAGGGCAAAUCUGGUCCAAGUAUUUCUAGAAAAGGUCUGCCUAAAGCUAAUAAUGCUCGUCCAGGAACUUCUAGAUCACAUGGAAAAUAUAAGAUAGUUGGCCCCAGGGCUUGCUCUACUCCGUCGAAGCAGGGUGUUAAUGCAGAUACUGAUAUCCAACCAAAUGAAGAGAUGGUCCCCGAGGAAUCGGCUUGUGAAUCACAUGAUUCACAAGCAGCAGGAAAAAUUGCUGUUGAGCCCUUGAUAUACAAAGAGGAUGUCCAUGGAAUUCAGCAGGUCGAUCGGGUUAUUGGUUGUCGAGUUCAAAAUAAUGACACAAUUUUGAGUUGUAAUGUUGUGGAGACCAAUGCAAAUGACCUGCCUUCAGUGGAUUCAGUUGUUUCAGAGGAUAAACUGUCUGGGGAAAAUCCUGCCCCUGAGAUGCCUCUGAAUGGGGUUGGUCGGGGAAACUCAGCUGCAGAUCAUCAGGAUAUUACUAGCUGUUCUGAUGGAGGAAGGAACAUAAAUAAUCGUUUGAAUAAAGACACACUUCAAGUGUACAGAAGAUCAGUGACAAAAGAAUGUAAAGAAAGAAAUUUCAUGGAUUCUUUGAGGAGAGACAUUGAGGGUUGUGGUUCAAUGGUGCUGGAAAACAAAAAUCAAGAUCAUAAUAUCACGUGCUCCAAUGCAGCGGAAACUGAGAAGGUUUUGACAGUUCAGAAGCCUCAUAUAGUCCUAGAGAGUUGUAUCAUUAAUGAUAGUUCAAAGGACACUCUAACUCCUGGAACAUCAAAGAACUGCCAAACUCAAGCCUCUGAUGAGAAUGCAAGCAUAGAGGUCAAAGAGCACACAAAAACUAAUGUUACCACCAAAAAGAAAUUCACAGCGUCUUGCUUGGUUGAUUCUGGAUCUUCCACUAUGUCAUAUGAGUUUUUGGUCAAGUGGGUCGGGAGAUCCCAUCUCCACAACAGUUGGAUUCCUGAAUCGGAACUGAAAGUUCUCGCAAAACGGAAACUGGAGAAUUACAAGGCAAAGUAUGGGACAGCUACAAUGAAUCUGUGUGAGGAACAAUGGAAGAUUCCUCAACGAGUAAUUGCUACUAGGUCCUCAGAUGGUUCAACUGAUGCAUAUGUAAAAUGGACCGGUCUUCCUUAUGAUGAAUGCACUUGGGAAAGAGCGGACGAACCUUUUAUUGCAAAUUUAUCUCACUUGGUUGAUUUGUUCUUCAGGUUUGAGCAGCAGACAUUGGAGAAUGACACUGCCAAGCUUGCCUCAAGACAAAGGAAUGACAUCCAACAAAGUGAGGUAAUUCCUCUCACAGAACAGCCCAAAGAGAUGGUUGGAGGUUCUUUGUUUCCACAUCAGCUGGAAGCAUUGAAUUGGUUGCGCAAGAGCUGGCAUAAAUCAAGAAAUGUGAUACUUGCAGAUGAAAUGGGGCUUGGGAAAACAGUAUCGGCUUGUGCUUUUAUAUCAUCUUUAUAUUUUGAGUUUAAAUCCACACUUCCUUGUCUUGUUUUGGUUCCUUUAUCCACCAUGCCCAACUGGAUGUCAGAGUUUUCGCUGUGGGCUCCACACCUCAAUGUCGUGGAAUAUCAUGGUAACACGAGAGCUAGAGCCAUAAUUCGUCAAUAUGAAUGGCAUGCCUGUGAUCCUCAUGGAUCGAAUAAGAAAACAUCUGCAUACAAAUUCAAUGUUCUCUUGACUACUUAUGAGAUGGUUCUAUGUGAUUCCGCUCAUUUACGUGGAGUUCCUUGGGAAGUUCUUGUGGUUGAUGAGGGUCACCGCCUGAAAAAUUCUGGCAGUAAGCUGUUUGGUUUGCUGAAUACUUUUUCAUUCCAACACCGCAUACUGUUGACUGGUACGCCUCUUCAAAACAACAUAGGGGAGAUGUACAAUCUGCUAAACUUUUUGCAGCCGGCUUCAUUUCCAUCUCUCUCUUCAUUCGAGGAGAAGUUUAAUGAUCUCACCACUGCAGAAAAGGUGGACGAACUGAAGAAGCUUGUUGCUCCGCAUAUGCUUCGCAGACUUAAAAAAGACGCCAUGCAAAAUAUUCCCCCCAAGACUGAACGGGUGGUUCCAGUUGAGCUGUCAUCUGUUCAGGCAGAAUAUUAUCGUGCUAUGCUCACGAAGAACUACCAGAUAUUGCGCAACAUAGGGAAAGGGGUUCCUCAGCAGUCAAUGCUGAAUAUUGUGAUGCAGUUGCGGAAGGUCUGCAAUCAUCCUUAUCUCAUACCAGGCACUGAGCCUGAAUCAGGUUCAGUGGAAUUUCUUCAUGAAAUGAGAAUAAAAGCUUCAGCUAAGCUGACCCUGCUGCAUUCUAUGCUUAAAGUGUUGCACAAAGAAGGCCAUAGAGUCCUUAUCUUUUCACAGAUGACCAAGUUACUUGACAUCCUUGAGGAUUACUUGACUAUUGAAUUUGGACCUAAGACAUAUGAGAGAGUUGAUGGAUCUGUUUCUGUGGCUGAACGACAAUCAGCAAUUGCACGGUUUAAUCAAGAUAAGAGUCGCUUCGUGUUCCUGCUAUCAACACGCUCUUGUGGCCUUGGCAUUAACUUGGCAACUGCUGAUACUGUCAUUAUCUAUGAUUCUGAUUUCAAUCCACAUGCAGAUAUCCAAGCUAUGAACCGGGCACAUCGAAUUGGGCAAUCAAACAGACUUCUUGUGUAUAGGCUUGUUGUCCGUGCUAGUGUUGAAGAGCGUAUCUUGCAGCUUGCAAAGAAAAAACUGAUGCUUGACCAACUCUUUGUCAACAAGUCUGGAUCGCAAAAGGAAGUGGAAGACAUCCUAAAAUGGGGAACUGAAGAACUUUUUAGUGAUUCAGCUACCAUGACUGGAAAAGAUGGUGAAAACCACACUAAAGAUCAAACACUUGCAGAGACAGAGCCUAAUAGUAGGAGGAGAACUGGUGGCCUGGGGGAUGUAUACAAAGACAAAUGUGCAGAUAGUAGUAACAAGAUUGUGUGGGAUGAAAAUGCCAUUAUGAAAUUGCUGGACCGCUCAAACCUCCAGUCUGGUUCACCUGAUAAUGCUGACUCAGAAUUAGAGAAUGAUAUGCUUGGUUCAGUGAAGUCGCUGGAAUGGAACGAUGAGUGUACAGAAGAACAAGCUGGAAUGGUGUCAGUUCCUGUGGGUACUAAUGACACAAGUGCACAGAGUUCUGAAAAAAAGGAUGAAAAUUUGGUUGGCAUUAAUGAAGAAAAUGAGUGGGACAGGCUUCUACGAGUCAGAUGGGAGAAAUAUCAAAAUGAAGAGGAAGCAGCUCUUGGUCGCGGAAAACGCCAAAGGAAAGCUGUUUCUUACAGGGAGGCGUAUGUUGCUCAUCCAAAUGAAGCACUGAGUGAAAGUGGCGCUGAAGAUGAGCCGGAGCGUGAACCGGAGCCUGAGCGUGAGUACACACCAGCAGGACGAGCUCUUAAAGAAAAAUAUGCCAAGCUUCGUGCGAGACAAAAAGAAAGAUUGGCAAAGAGAAAUGUAACUGAAUCAUCUGCUGCACUUCAGGGCCUGAAUGGGCUAGAGUCAAUUCCUAAGCCAUCACAUAUUCAGGAAGAGAAUGAAAUUGCUAUAUCAACUCAGCCUGUUGCAGACAAAUCUUCAGUUGUUGAUUUGGAAGAUAAGAGUCUUGGUAAAACAGUCCCACAUAGCAUGACAGACUCCACCUUGAAGCUGGGAAGGAUAUUGAAGCAGAAAUCUGCAUUUCCGGAUCUUCCUGUUAUGUUUAGUGGACAGCAUAUCCCCGAAGUUUCUCGGCUCAGUGAUCAGUUACCAGAUACCAGCUCUGUAGACUCGAUGCGCAACAGCAUGCUGCCAAUUAUAGGAUUAUGUGCUCCCAAUGCUCCUAAGAGAAUGGAGCCACUGCAGCGCAAAUGCUCCAGACCCUACCAAAGACAAUUGAAGCAAGGGCUUGGCCUGGAGUUUCUGUUACCUGCAAGUUGUUCUGGUUCUGGCAUGUCAAAUGAGAUGACUUUAAAAGGUCAUGAAGCAACCACAGCUCGACAUAAAUUGCCAGAUAUUUUACCUGGACCGUCCCAAUUUCACCCAAUGAAUGAUGUCCCUGAUAAAAAUCUGCCUUUUACUCCUCAUUCCUUGAAUACACUGAAGGGUAAAGGAAUUGCUGAGCAUUUGGGCAACUCGUCUUCUACUUUCUCUGAGUUUCAAGAAAAAAUGCUAUUGCCCAAACUACCUUUUGAUGAAAAGUUGCUGCCCAGAUACUCGUAUCCAAGUGCAAGUUUGCCAAAUACUACUCCUGAUUUGUUCGCAAGCCUAUCACUAGGAUCUAGAGUUGCAGAGCCCAAAGAUGCCGUCCAUGAUCUUCCUAUGUUGCCGUUGUUGCCGAAUCUCAAAUUUCCACAAGAUGCACACAAGUAUUAUCAACCAGGGCAGGAGAUGCCUCCAGCAUUGGGCUCCAGUCAGAUGCCAUCUUCAUUUCCAUCAUUUCCUGAAAACCACAGAAAGGUUCUGGAGAAUAUUAUUCUGAGAACUGGAUCUGGAUCCAGCAGCCUGCUGAAAAAGAAAUCAAAGAUAGAUAUCUGGUCUGAGGAUGAACUUGAUUAUCUGUGGAUAGGCAUCCGUAGACAUGGGAGGGGCAACUGGGAGGCAAUGCUGCAAGAUCCACGGUUGAAGUUCUCGAAGUUCAAAACUGCUGAGGAUUUAUCAGCAAGAUGGGAGGAAGAACAACUGAAGAUCCUCGAUGCGCCGGGACUUCCAGCAGCGGUAAAGUCAUCUCUCCGGCCUCCGAAGUCUGCAAAUCCUCCUCUGCUUUCUGGGAUUUCUGAUGGAAUGAUGGCACGUGCACUGAAUGGAGCCUGCUCAGAUGGAGUAAUGGCACGGGCAAUGCACGGAAUAAAAUAUAAUGAUCCUUUGAAGUUUCAAGCACACUUAACAGACAUGAGGUUGGGUCUGGGUGGUCUACCUUCAGGUGCGCCAAAUUUAGGAUCAUGUGAUAUGCACCUUCCAACUUGGAGUACAGAUAAGUUCCAGUCAAAGUUUUCAAGAGACCUGUUUGCAGGAAGCAUUGACAGAUUUGCUGGUUCCUCAAGCGCUCUUAUGGAGCCACCGUUUCUGCUGAAUUCCCUGGGAACUAGUCGCUUGGAGUCUCUCGGAUUGCAACAAAGGGAGAAACAGAAGGAUGCGACUGGAUUGGGAAUAUUGACUGGCCAUAAUAAUAUGGGAAGCAGUGAGCUUGGUUCUGGUCUGGCUGCUGAUUAUGACAAGGUUCAAAACCUUUCUGAAUCCAAGGGAAAGGAGGAGGUUUCUACAUGUACAUCUCCCAAAGGCACACUGCCCCAUUGGCUUCGAGAAGCAGUAAAUCCUCCCGGUAAAUUACAUGCUCCUGACCUGCCUCCAACUGUAUCUGCGGUUGCACAGUCUGUUCGUGUUUUGUAUGGUGAAGGACCCUCCAAAAUCCCUCCAUUCCUUGUGCCUGGACCACCUCCCCCCAAGCCCAAAGAUCCUCGGCGUGGAUUAAAGAAGAAGAGGUCACAUGCACAUGGUAAGCUUUCCCUGGCUGCUGUCAGUAACUUCCCUGGUGGCCAUGACAGAGAGAAUGUUGGUUCAACCUCUACUGCCCGACCACCAGCAUUACCUCUGCAGACAAAAUCAGGGGCCACCAUUCCAGGAUUUCCCUGGAAUGAAGUCAAUCUCAACAUUCCUCCUCUCAAUGUGAGAAUGAGUCCCUUGUAUACGUCUGUGAUGCCAACUUCUUCAAAGGCGGCUGUUGCAGGAUUGUCACCAUCUCCUGAAGUCCUGGAAUUGGUUACUUCCUGUGCAGCACCAGGUCCACCUCCUGGCACAGAUCCAGACUUUGUUGACAGCUUGAUACAUCGACCAAACGCUGGUGAUGAAGGAGGAUCAGAGGCCCGAGGUUCACAUGCAGAACAGAAAGCAAAUCAGGGGUCAACUGCUGAAGAAGAGCAGAGGGCAAGUGGGGAUUCCAGCAAGACAUGUUCUGAUCGUUUGCAUGUCAGAGAAUCAGAUGGGGAAGAGGUAUCUUCAGAAGGGACGAUAUCAGAUCAUCCUGCUAGCACCCAUGAGGACUAGAUUGGAACAACAGGAACAAUUUGUGUACAAAGAGCGGGGGCGAUGGCAGAGGGGGGACGAGAACUGGUACCAAAAGAAGUGGGCUUCAGUUUCUCCACGUGCAAACGUGGGAAGCAGCCACUAGUCUUUGGCAAUCAGUUCUUGGUGCGGCAACAAACCUUGAGGAGAAGGCAUAGAAUUUGUAGUGAAGUUGAGGGAAUAGCUGAGUGGAUCGUACCGGCACUGCAACGACGAUUGGUGGCUCGCUGGGUGCAACAUUUUGCUCCGUUUCUUGAGCCUCCUCAUC